AUGUCGUGGCGAAGAGGAAACACCGCGCAGGUUCCUUAUCAAACCCCUUCUUAUACUAUUGAAUAUAUCUACUUUGAGCUUAACCACAGAUGGAGUCAUCCUAAAUCCUGGCUCUACGAUCAACCAUUUCCAGCAUGGUCAGAAUGGCCAAUCAACCUUCAAGAACGGUACCAGUUGGCAGAAAAGUUAGUAGGUCGCGAGACUCUCAUUAUCUCCAUUCAUUCUGUUCAAUUCCGAGUUUCACUCGAAAACUAUACUAACAAAGACUGGAAUCAACUUCUAGAUCUUUUAGCGCCCAUGUGUGGUAGUUUGCGCAUGUUUGCUCUGAGCCGCAAUAUUAGGUACCAUGAAUCCUAUAAUGAAAGUACUCUAGCCGCAGCUAUCGGGCAUCUACCCCAAUCAGAAUACGCAGAUAUGCCACCCGUAUCUCACCCACACGAACUCUACCUCGCAGCCGACGGUCAAGAAAUCGAAAGAAGUUACUUUACCCACGUAAAUGGUACUCGAUACCCCAUGCAGACCAUCACUUCCAACAUAUACAAACCCUCCAAUUUCUACAGAGAUCCACGUCCAGCUUCCUGGCCCGAUUAUUGGCUUUACCCGCAUGCUCCAAACGAUCCCGUCCGAGAUCCACAUUCGGGCCAUUAUCCACUUUGUACCUAUUGCAAGCAAGAGACCCGAGCUAAAGGUUUCGGCCCUCGUUGUACAUGUCGCACACAUACCCUAUUCCGACGUCCCUUGGUAGAAAUCAUUCAGUAUCCUUCCUAUCCCGGAUCCGAGGGCUCAUUAAACCGAGGAGUACGACUACUCGAGGAUAUUGCUGAAGGCGACGUGCUCGAUGAAUAUGUAGGUGAAUAUAUCCCCCUACCCACCCACUCCGUUCUACAGGCGUUUGGCGAUAUGGUGUAUACAUUCUCGUGUCACGGACCUCCCAUCGUGGGUGAAGAUGGAGAGGGAGAAGGAGAAGAGAUGCACAAUGAUGAAGGGUGGGAGAAUGCAGGAUAUAUAUGCGGCCUGAAAGCAGGAGAGCGAGGUAAUUGGACACGAUUUAUUAAUCACAUGGAUGGAGAGCAGGCAAAUUGUCAGUUUGAAACUCAUGUUGCGGCAGGUAAGGUAAGGAUUUUGGUGGUUGCGAAUAGAGAUUUGCAUAUGGGAGAGGAGUUAUGUGCGGAUUAUGGACCGAAUUAUUUUGCAUAG